AUGAUAUCGCGAUUUAACUCUCUUUUUAUCUCGCUAGACAAGAUAGAAACCAUCGACUUUCUUGUGCCUUGUUGUCCAUUUUCUCUUAAGUUUAUCUUAAGAGCACCACCACUGACCUACGUCUCCAAUUUAUUCAUUCUACCGUUUGACCAGUACGUAUGGCUUAGUUGUGUUAUCCUAUUGAUAAUAAUGUGUAAUAUGGCGUAUCUGAUAGCACUUUGGGAAGUACAUGAUCCAGUGUUUAAAGAAAUGGAUCACAAAAACCAAGUUGAGCAACUUCAACCAAGAAUUCUCGACAAUUUAAUCAUGCAAAUAGGAAUUCUGACGGAGCAAGGAGCUGAAGCCGAACCGAAAAGUUUUUCUGGGCGGAUAACAUUUGUCUUUUCUGUCAUAGCUGUUAUGUUCUUAUUUACUGCGUACUCAGCCAAUAUCGUAGCUCUCUUGCAAAGCACUACGGAAAGUACAAAUACCAUAGAAGGUUUAUUUAAUUCCAAUAUGGAUUUAGGUGUCCAAAAUAAUAGUUUAAUUGAGGAUAUGUUCAAGUUAUCUACGGAUCCUCUGGCAAAAGUUGCAUAUGACAAAAUAUUUACAAAAGACAAGCAGUCGAAAUCCAUGUCUUUGGAAGAAGGAAUAGCAAAAAUGAGAAACGGAUUUUUCGCUUUUCAAACGAAUCCUUCCUCUGCUUAUAAAGAAAUAGCUAAAACAUUUGAGGAAAGCGAAAAAUGUUCUUUGACGGAAGUAUCGCUUUUUAAACGAAGAGAUCCAUAUACCGCAAUUAGAAAAGGAUCGCCUUACAGGGAUAUCAUUAAAAUUGCACUUUUAAAACUAGCCGAGAUCGGAGUCCGAAAUCGCUUCAUAGAACGCAUUUAUACCAGAAAACCAGAAUGUCUGGGACAAGGAGCAAAUUUUGCAAGUGCAGCUAUUCUGGAUUGCUACGCAGCUUAUAUUAUUUACGGUAUAGGCGUGGCUCUUAGUUUCAAUUUUUUUCUUCUGGAACUUCUGAUCCAUAAGAAAUUUGGGAAUACCCGGAUAAGAAGCCUGGUUGUGAAACAAAUAAAGAUAACGGCAGUAGCACACCAAUAGGUCAUACACUAUUUCAAAUACACCUUCACGUCAGAUUUACUAAAAAAUAAAUGUAUUUGUUGGCUUAAAUUUUUUAAUUACAUGAAUAUCACUAAA